AUGAUAUCACUACAUUCCUUCCUCGUCCCACUCUUCACGGGAAUCCCUUUGAAUGACUGUAUUUCUGCCGAAGUUAUCGAAGUCUGUGCCCGGACCACCAUUCAUCAUGCCAAGAGCUUUGUCGAGAUGAUUCACGCAUUCUUCUCUGCUGGCGGUAAGACAUCCGAUCUGCCUCCGUUCGUGGGAUACUGCUGCUUCACUACUGCAUCAGUAUUCGCAAGCUUCCUGGAUCAAGAUGUGGCAUUAUCUGCAGACUUACACAGCCAAGUCAUUUCCUGCCUAGUUGUUCUGAAUGACCUCCAACAAUACUGGGUUCCACUAAGGCGACUGUUUAGACAAAUCCUGGGAUCAGUUAAAGGUUUUAUAUCGAUCCAUGAUAUUGACGAACAGCGCCGCGCUCUUAAACAAGAUCCAAGCUCAAUCAUAUGUCUGGGCAGUGAUUUCUCCCUCGACUUCUCAAAGUAUAUGCACCCAAACAGAUCAUCUAAUAAGCUUUAUAGCUUUUCAUACAUCUCCCAUGACGAAGAGUAUGAAGAAAAUCUGCUAGUCCAAGAUUCUGAACAGCUCACACCUGGUUCGGAGAAUAUUUUAUUCACGUUCGAAACGUCCAAUACGGGAUGCGAUUCUUUUAUGCAAGUUUCGGACUUUGCAAGCGAUGAUUUCGGAUUCGGUGCGGACUUCAUGCCCGGAAAUGGCUGGGAAGAUGAGAAAUUUGUUGAAAGCCGUAUCCCCACGACUUCAUACCCCUUCCUGUGA